AUGCCGUCCCUCGAAGAAGCCCACAAAGUCGUGCGCGAUGAAGGAAUGAAGGAGCUCAGGAAGAUAUUUGGAGAUGCAGUAGCUGAUAAAGAGUUAGCGAAUGCCUCCGACUUUAUGCGAGCUGGUCAAGAAUUGGUGACUGAGACUGCAUUCGGGACCAUCUGGACACGUCCAGGGUUGAGCCAUAAGAAUCGGUCGCUCAUCUGUGUUUCUAUCCUCUGCGCUUUGGGGAAGCAGUCAGAGUUAGCCGCCCAUGUCUUUGGGGCACUUAAUAAUGGCUGGACGGAAGAGGAGUUAAAGGAAGUCAUGUUGCAAGUAAUGGUGUACUGCGGCGCACCGACAGGAGUAGAGGCGUUUAGAACUGCUGACGCUGCGAUUCAGAAGUGGAAGGCGGCUCAUGGAAAAUGA